ACGACCUUGAAAUGCUAACGCAAUCACCUGCUGUAAUGGCGACCAACAAAAGAAAUACAAGACACUUACCGAUCUGAUGUAUGAUGAUAAUAAUUAGGUGAGACCAGAAAAUGAUGGAAAAGCGUGUCAAACUGAAGAAGGUGAAUCCAUGUAUAACAUGUGGAUUGUGUAAAGGUUAUCUAGUGGAGGCAACUACCAUCACAGAAUGUCUACAUACAUUUUGUCGGAGUUGUCUUGUGAAGUUUCUGUUAGAGAAUAACACAUGUCCUAGAUGUGGUAUACUGAUACACCAAAGUCAUCCACUGAACUACAUUAGUCAUGACCGUACAAUGCAAGAUAUAGUGUACAAACUGGUGCCAAAUUUACAAGAAAGUGAAAAGAGGAGACAGAUAGAAUUUUACAAGAAAAAGGGUCUUCAAAUGCCACAUGGAGAUGCAUACGAGGAUGACAAGAAGAAUAUUGAGAAGAACUCUCCAGAUAAGGAGGAUAAUAAAGACUAUCAUCGUCUCGACGAGCAAGUGAACGUGUGUCUUGAGUGUCUCGAAAUUAACGUUCUGAAAAGUUUAAAACGUAAAAUACUUAGACUGUCUUCCCAAGCCACUGUGACUCAUUUAAAAAAAUUUGUGGCUUUAAAAGUGUUUGGAACAAUAGAUCGUUACAAAGAUAUUGAUAUACUUUGUAACAAUGAAUUAUUAGGAAAGGACCACAUGUUAAAAUUCAUUAUUGCAACUAGAUGGAGAUUAGUGGAUGAGCCAUUACUGUUACAUUACCGAAAAAGGAUGGAGUUGUGAUUUAGACUGGGUCAUGGCCAUAAUUUACAGUGAUAACAGUUGUAAUCUUGUUCCAUAUCAAACGUUUGGACACUGAUUUACUUUUAUUACAUUUACUUUUUUAUAUAUCAUUUCCUGCAAUUCAUACAGAAUUUAGUGCUUUUAUUAAGUUUGCAGUUUUAAACCCCAGUAAAUGUUUCACAGAAUGAAGGUCAAGGAAACUUUUUGAAUAUGAUACUGUUGUAUUUAAGCAAUUCAUGGAAGAAAAAUUGACCACUUUUAUUCUACAAUCUUUUUUUGCUUUUAAACCAUAGCCUUACAAAAUUAUACUUUACGGUGCCAUAAUCUUUGAGGUCAUAUUAUUUUUCUCCAAGAUUGUUAGUUUUGGUCUAACACUAUAAUUAUUGUCAUUACAGUCAUAUGCAAACAAUUGUUUUAAUCAAAGGGCCAUUAUGUUUCUGAAAUGUUAUCAUUUGUUUUUCUCAUAAACCUGUUUAUUUUCAGUAUCUUAUAACAGUUUUCAAAAAUAUACUAAUUUACUACAUACAUGACCUAUCUAUUUCAUCUUGCAAUUCGUAUAAUUAUUGUGAAUUACUAUUUUGUAAGGAAGUCAAAAUACUUCUUUGUUUACAUUUUGCAACCUUAACGGUUCAGCACUACUUUUGUCAGUUAUCUAACAUGCUCUUAUUCCAUUUAACACAUGCAUAACAUUUCUAAAGAUUUGAAAAAAAUGUAGAUUUCUGAGGCAUAAUUUGCCUUUAAACAAGUGUCUUUAGGCUUGUUUUAUGAAUAAUAACCUUUUCUAAUUUCAUGUUGAUUAUUUGAGUUACUAUUCUCAUGAAAAACUUCAUUUGGUAAUGAAUUUAUGAUUUUCAAUCGACUGCUUGUAGAUUUGCAGUUCUGAGUUGAUUUUUUUUUUCUUGCUUCAUUUUAUAAUUUAAUUUAAAAUUUGUUUAGUAUCAAAGUCUGUUUGAUAUUUUAUUUUAUUGUGAAGAUUACAAUUAGAAAAAGACACCCCCAGGAGGUUGCUUAAUUAGUGACCAUUCUUUAUUUAAUGAGACAUUCUUUUAGAUAUUUAUACAAAAUUUAAAAGGUUUUCCUACAAUAUUGAAUGUGUCCUGGAUGGGUUAUAGAGCAGAUGUAACUGUAUUUUCUUACAUCUCUCUACAAAACCAAGAAUAACAACAUGUUGAAAAUUGCUUUUGUUAAAUCAAACACACUUUUCCUGUAAAAAGAGUUAGGCUGUAUUACUCUUAAAUUUAAUGCUGACAGUAUGCCCCCUUUUAUAUAUUGUAGGAUUUUUUUUUUAUUUGGUUAGUGUUGAUUUGAGCUACAUAUUAAUAGUUUUCUAUCCCAGAAGGUCUGAACUUGUUUUUGUUUAUUUUACCAGUUUUUUUAAACUGGAUGAAAAGAAAGAAUACAAAGAAACCUCAUGUCAACACUGGAUAAAUGUUAACAAAAUUUUAAUAAAGAUCUACCGGUUUCUACCCUGUCUAGUUUUUCACCGUUUUUUUUAAAGAAAAAGUUGAGCUAUUUGACUGUGGCAUUAUUUAUUGUAGCCAAUUAUUCAGACAUUUCCAAAGAUAUUGAGAUGAAAUUUGGAAUACUUGUGCAUCAUGUUAAGCUGUGAGUCAAGGGGAACAAUUCUGAAAGCAAUAUUUUAGAAGUUAUGCCCCUUUUCAACUUGGAAUUUUUACCAGACAAGUGUUAAUACCACCUGCGGUGCUCUUAUUUUUUUUCUGGUAUUUAGAACAGAAAAACAAAAUUGAUCUAAAUUUGCUGUUGUUUUAUUUUUAUUUACAUAUUUGAUUGUGCUAUAAUCUACAAAAGUAUAAUUUAUUUACAUUACAGUGCAGCCCCUGCAUAUAUGCCCAUUUGUGACCUUGGCUGUGAAAGGGUCAAAUCAAUUUUGACCACAUAGUUUUGACAUUGGCACCAAAUUUACACAGAAAUGACAUCCUUAUAUUAAAGUUAAUAUACAAAAGUUCAGUUUAAGGUCACUGGUACAAAGUCAAAGUCACAAAAGGAAAUUUUCAAUUAUUGUUGAUAAGGGACCAUUUUUUGUUUCAUAAAUAUUUUUUUAAAGAAUACCAGAUUGCUUUUCAUUUGCAUACUAAAUUACAUUACUUAAACAAAAAUCAAGGUCCCUGUUUUUAAAAAUAGAAAAAGGGAUUUUUUUUUAAAAUUUGGUUUGUUAACACAUACCUUUUUGUUGAUUCUUUCUGUAAGUAAUUUCAAACUUUCUGUAAGUAAUUUCAAUAUUAAUGAGCAAGUUGAGGAAACCUGUUUUUGAUCAUUAUUGAAUGUUUCAUUGUAUAAUUUAUGGUAUUGAAGAAAGGCUUCCAUUUUAUGAUUAAUUUCAUUAAUUAAAAUAUAUAAUAUAUUUGUUUGCCUUGAACUGUUACUUGAUAUAUAGGUCAGUUGAAAAUUCAGCAGGCAUGUACAUGAACAAUUGUGUAAGUGAAAUAUAAAAGAAAUUACAUGAAAGUGAUAUACAUAUAUUCUGUUUUUUGUGAGAACAAAGUACUUUUAAUUAUCAAUUUUAUAGACAGUUACUGUAGUUUUCAUAAAAUAAGCUACAUUGGUCAAUUAAAAUUUAACUGAUGAAUAAUAGUGUGGGAUUUAAGAUAUAUCUCACUGAUGAUUUUACAAUCAGUGAUAUUGAUUAUAUCACACUGAUGAAUUACUGUUAGUGAACUAUGUUCUAUUUAACAGUUAAUGAUAUGAUAAUUUAUAUCUAAUUGAUGAAUCAUUCUUAGUUACCCAUUGAUGAAAUUACAUAUCACACUGAUUAAAGUUAGUGAUAAAUAUUGGAUUAUGUAUACUUCACAGCUGUUGAUAUACUCCUACAUGUAUGAUUUGUCUCACUGAGGCAUAAUACAGAUAUCAUCUCACAGAAGAAUUUGAAAAUCAGUUAUAUAUCUCACUGAGGAAUUAGAGAAUUAAAUAAAUCUCACUGAGGAAUUAGAAUAUUAAAUAAAUCUCACUGAAGAAUAAGAAAAAUCAAAUAAAUCUCACUGAGGAAUUAGAAAAUCAAACAUAUCUCACUGAGGAAUAAGAAAGUUCAAAUAAAUCUCUCUGAGGAAAUUAGAAAAUCAAAUAAAAUUCGAUUAUUUUGUGUAAAAUGAUUUUUUUUGUAUGGGAAUUGCCAUUUUAAUUGUAGCAUUGAAAUUGCUGUUUUAAAUUCAAAUAUAUUUUUGCCUCAAAGAAAUGACAAUGUUGUAAAAGUAAUAAUUUAAUGGAAAAAUUGAAUACAAUAGAUACUUUAAUAUAUUGAAAAAAUGAAACCAUUCCUGUUUGAAAAGGAAAAAUAAGUAUUUGGUAAAUAAAUAUGCUUUUUUAGGAUGAUCUAUGCAAAAUUAUAAGCAAUGAAAAAUAAAUGUGAUGUGUUGUGAAGGAAUAUUUUCUAUUGUUGUAUUACAACUUUCUUAAUGCUCCUGGUGAAAUUUAUUUGCCAAUGCAACAAGUACGGGGCCAUUCCUAUUGGAUAUUAUUUAGUUUUAAUCUUUAUUAAACAUUCACAUGAUGAAACUUAUUCAAGUCUUUUUUACAUUAUUGUUUUUUCCGAAGAAGCUAAAGAAAUUUUAGUAUAUAUGAUUUUUCUGUUUGUUAGGAGUAUAGAAUUUUAUACUAUUUUCAGAAAUGAAACUGAAAAUUGCGAUAUCUUUCUUAUAUUUUACAUAUAACAGUCAAAGUACUGCCCAUUUUUUAUUACAUUAAACAUUUUUUCUUUGUCCAAUUAGUAUUAUUGAAAUAAUCAAAUGUUUGUUUGUUGUUUAUAUUCACAACAAACACUUAAGUACGAGGGUACUUUUGUAUUUCUUUAAUAAAUAUUGUUAUGCACAUAUU